UCUUGAUAGCUUUUGCCUCCGCGUGUCGCACCGUUUUUUGCAUCAGCUUAAACAGUUUUUAAAUAGAGGGCAACCAACAAACACGAUACGCGCGCGCCCUCGAGUGAAAGAAGAAUCAAUGGAGGUCAUUCAUUGCAUUUUUGUGCAUUUCAUACGACCGAUAACAAAUUGUUGAAUCGAAAAGUUACAGUUGUGAGUGAAAGUUUAACUAGGAUUGCUGUAAUGUGUGUUUCUGACAGGACAACAUGUAGUAAAGUGUCCUUUCUAAAAAACAAUCCUAUUGCCGUGUGUCAAAAUAAAGGUGGUCAGCAAGCGAGGAGUAUUUUCUAAAAACGUAACCAUGGCAGAUCAGUUUUGUUUACGUUGGAACAAUUUCCAGACCAAUAUAGUCAGUGCAUUGGACUCAUUGAAAUGUUCCGAGGAUUUGGUCGACGUGACACUUACUUGCGAAGGAAGAAAUAUCAAGGCUCAUAAAGUUAUACUGUCAGCCUGCAGUCCGUACUUCAGGAAUGUGUUCAAGGAAAAUCCAUGUCAGCAUCCAGUGAUCAUCCUCAAAGAUGUAUCUGCUGAUGAUAUUGUCAGUUUGCUAUCAUACAUGUACCAGGGAGAAGUGUUCAUAGAAGAGAGCAAGCUGUCUUCAUUCCUACAUACAGCAGCUCUGUUGCAAGUUAAAGGAUUGACGGGAGUAACUCAACAGAAAGAAAACUUUAUAUCCCCAAAUACAUCAAACAAACUUUAUACACAACUGACAAUAUCUUCAAAAACACAAUUUGGUGCUUCAAGCAAAGAAGUAAAACUCCCCGCUUUAAAGAAAAGGAGGAGCAGUACGUCUGAUAAACCUAAUGACAUCGGAGAGAGUCACAAAAAGAGUAAAUUAUUAGAAACUUGUGAUAUUUACAAUAGGAGUAAUCUAUCACAUUUAAUGGUGGAGAAUCCGGUUUUUGAGAAAAAAGUUGAGAAGAAAUCUGAAAACUGCCCGGAACCCAUCAUAGCUAAUGGGAAAACCUCUAAACUGAAUCAGGCUCAAGGUGACAACAUUCCUUUAUCAAUAAAAACAGAGCAGAUUGAUGACAAUAAUUCACCCAUCUCAGUGCCCACAAAUAACUCUGAAAAUGAUGACAGUCUUCCAGAUUAUGAAAACAGUAUGCUUGCCAGGUCCUUGCUACAAGGAAUUAACCCAUCUAAAAGUGAUAUCAGUGCCAAUAAUAAUACAACAACCAAGAAAGUGUCAAACAUAGCAGAUAUGUGUAUGUCGCGAAGUAAGGAGGGUAAUAAUGAAUCUCCACCAACCAAUUUGGCAGUGAAGAGCCCUCUAAAAGUAGUAUCUGGAGAGGACAUUUUAGUGAAACCAGAAAAACAGUCACCUAAGUCAGACAUUGAGUAUGAACCGGAAAUAUUGCUAUCAGAGCAACAAGACAGUACAGAUGCAGAAAACACAUUCUCACAGGAACAAUCUCAAGCAUUACUAUUACUGGCAGGCAUGUCAAGUGUCACUGGAUUAUCUGUAGGUGCUUCAACUUCACAAGGAGUCUCCCACCAGUCAAAUCAUGCCGCUAUCUGUGGUGACUGUCCACAUUGCGGCAUGAAGUAUUCCAACCAAUCUGCGCUUAAAUACCAUGUUAGACUUAUGCACUCUGACUUAACCAAUCGUCUGUGUUGCUAUCUUUGUCCUCGGUCAUUUACUAUGCGAGAGACGUUUAAAGAGCAUAUGUGGUCUAGCCAUGGACAAAGAAAUUAAAUUUUACUAAUGCAAGUUAAUAAGGAUAACGUUCACUACAAAAUGUUUUUGCAAAAUAGUUAUAUAGAGAAUAUUUAAAAUUUUGGAUUUAAUUCCAAACGAUAUUUAAAUAUGUAAAGUUAGUUAUUUAUGAUGGUUACUAAGGAUUCAAGUGUGCCUUAAAGUUGUGUAAUUGUAUUCAGUGUAACAAAUUAAAUGUGCCUUUUUAAAAAUAAAUUUGCCGUCCCACAUUUAUCAGAACACUUUAUGUUAGCGUAAGCAUUUUUACAUAACAUUGGCGAAAUAUUGAGAUUUUCUGAUAUAUUGAAAUUAAUCAUUUAUUCGCCCUUUAAACCAAGGCUCGGAAACCAGUUAAAUUUCCAAACCGUUAUCAUGGACUUGGCGCAAAACCUUUUAAUUUUGGUUUUGUUCAUAAAACCGGUUCUUAGGAGAACCUUUCCAAAGAUCUUGUCAGAUUAACCGGUUUAGAACAAUAAAAACCUGUUUAUUUCUAUGUCGGUGUCUUUGUUUACGCGGUAUACCACGGGGCUGCCCGGCCGUCUCGUCGCUCGUCGAAUUAACCGGUUUAUUCAGGUUACAAUUAAGUUCUUAAAACGUUCACGUACUUAUGAAAGUGCAGAGUAAAAACUAAAUAAACCGGUAUUUACCGCUAUUUUUUAAAUCGGUUGCGAGCCUUGUUUUAAACAUUUAGAGUAAGACAGAUGCAUUGUUAUGUUGUUGUUCAUUUAUGGAAAUAGUCACUUUAUCUGAUUAUUUCUAACUAGUUUCUUUCUUUUACUAUAAAAUGAAUGUUGGGAGUAACCGUAGAUACAAAAUGUGAGGUGUAAAUAAGUAAUCAAUGAAAAUGUUUUGGUUUGUAAUUGGUGCUAAUAAUAAUCUCCAAUGAAAGUAAGCAUCGCAAAAUGGGUGACUAAAGAACAGAGCAACUUUAAGAAUAUUAAAUAGAUAUGGAAGCAGCUGUGUUAAGCUGAAUCAAGCUAGAUGAAUCUAGAACCAAUGAAUUCAUUAGCUUCGGCCGCUGCAUGGCCGUGCGCGAUUUUAUAGAAUCGGUGCUUCAGUAUUGGCAACAUAACAAGCAAAUAAAUUUAAACAAGCCAUUUUUGAGGCAUUGUUUGUCAAAUAUUUGAUAAUAUGUAUUUACUUUCAAGCAUGCAGUUCAAACUAUUCGGCUCGUAGUCGCCCCAUUUAAUUAUACAUUUAACUAAGAGUGCCUAUACGUAGCCGAUGUCAAAUAAUUAAAUUCUAUUUUGAAUAGUUCUCAAAAGUUUUAACUCUUGAGACUCACAACAAGUUUGUGAUAUUAUUAGGAAUAAGGAACAUGUAUCGUUUAUAAGUUAAGUGCUUAAAAUUAGAAUGACCAGUAUUGAGAAAAAGUCAGGAUAAGAGCUACACGAAAACAGUGAGAAAAAACUUUAUUACCCCGAAUAGUAUGUAAGAUUUCAAUUAGUUAUACAUAUUUAGAUACCUUAUUUAUUAUUUAUUUGUUUAACCUUGGCUCAAAGGGUUGAUUUUGUUGUUUCAUUUUGAAAUGAAGCAAAUUCAGGAUAUGUUUAAGUUAGGUAAUAAUUAUAAGCCACAUAUUUCCUUUUCCAUAUUCCCAUUUUUAUUUAUUUUCGUCAACAUCGUUAAAGGAUGUUGUAUUUAUGUUUUUGAAUGUUUUUAUGCAAUAGGGCUGUUGUUAUAAUAUUUCAGACAGACUAAAUUAUUAUUUCGAAUUUUAUUAUUAUUAGAAAUAAAAAUGUUUCGUUGGUAUUAUUCAUUUCUAACCAAUUUUUGUCGGCCCAGUAAGAAUGCCUCUGUUAGUUUGUGCCAAACUAAUAUUGCGAAAUAAUUUAGUAAAAUGUUAUUUAUGCGUAACUUAUUGCUAAUUACAUUAUUUUGGUAGUUCGUAAUAGAUUGUGAGGUCAUUUACAUGUCGAGUUAUUUUUCAUAGUGUUGAAUGUUCUUUUCCCUCGUUUCAAUUUCGUCUUUGAUGGGUUAAUUUUAUAUAAAUUUACUAUUUGAAUUAAGGUCGGUCGAAGUGAUUGCAGCCAUAAGGCAAAUGCGCCUACUCUAGUAGUAAUAUCUAGUAAUAGCGCCCAUGGUGAAACUGGAUCCAACAGUUCCCGUAUUAAUUUUAUUUCUAGAAAAGGAGCAUUUACCUCUUCGUUGCAUUUACUCGCGUGUUGACCAUACCUACAUGCCUUAGUGAAAUAUAAUAGAUAUUAUUAGAAUCUUAAAUAAAUAUUAUAAAACGAAUAUUAUUAAGUUUAUUAAAUAAUUUUAUCGUAGAACUAUAUUUAAUAUAUGUACGUUAAUGUAAUACUGUUAAAUAUUUUAUUCAAAACUUUACAAAAUUUAUAUUUUGACUAUGUUAUAAAAAAUAAAUAAAAAUGAGCGCUUCUUA